AUGUCAGUGAUGGGGAUGUCAGUGACGGGGAUGUCAGUGACGGGGAUUUCAGUGAUAAGGAUGUCAGUGACGGGGAUGUCAGUGAUGGGGAUGUCAGUGGCGGGGAUGUCGGUGACGGGGAUGUCGGUGACGGGGAUGUCGGUGGCAGGGAUGUCGGUGACGGGGAUGUCGGUGACGUCGGUGACGGGGAUGUCAGUGAUGGGGAUGUCGGUGACGGGGAUGUCGGUGGCAGGGAUGUCAGUGGCGGGGAUGUCAGUGAUGGGGAUGUCAGUGACGGGGAUGUCGGUGACGGGGAUGUCAGUGACGGGGAUGUCAGUGACGGGGAUGUCGGUGACAAGGAUAAAUGUGUUUCCUGCAUUGUUACUGUAA